AUGUUUCACAUAUGUAUUGCUAACCAGGCUGCAGUUGGUGUUUCUGACUGUCCAUUACUAAUGGCUGCCUAUAUUCUUGCUGGUUUGGCUAUGAUGCUAAAUAUUAGACUCUCAUACAGUUCUGCUCCAUAUGCACUAAUUAGAUUUAAGUUGCCUGAAAAUCUUUUUAGUGUUUUUGUUAGAAGAAUGGCUAGUGCUUUGGAACUUUGGUGUCUACCAAGUAUGUUACUUGGUAACAUAAUGGACCUAAUUCAAAAACUCGCUAUUGAUACAGAUCCUGAACUUAGAAUAGCAGCUGGUGCUAGUUCUCCCGAUGGUCUUGUACAAAUGGCCACUCAACUACAUGACAGAGCCAACGAACUUGACCAGGCAGUUAAGAAUGUUGGUAAUGAUGAGGGUGCCAAAGUACUCAAGUACAAGGCUGGCACCGAAGCUCAAAACGAUGAUCCUAAACAUCUUAGGAAACUCGCAAAGGAUCUACAUAAUGCAGCCACCCAACUAGAAAGUGUAGCUCCUGGCGAUAGUACUAGUGAUAACGAUGCUCUUAAACUAAAAGCCGGUACAAGUGAAGACGAUGGUCUUCGAAAGCUAGCCAAAACCCUGUACGAAGCAGCCAAAGCACUAGUCGAUACCAGACCUAGUGAUAAUAAUGCUGCCCAACAACUUGCCGAUGCCGUAGGUCAAGAUGAAAACACUACUGAUAAACUUAGACAAGCACUCCAACAACUUGCUGGUGCUGAUGGUGAUCUAAUUGCUAAGGCCGGUGCUGUCAGAGAUGCAUACGACAAAUCCGGCGGUGACGGUGUAAAACCCAAAUUCACUGCAGUUCAGGGACAAGAAGGUAAAUAUGACGGUGAUAAGCAACCUCUGUAUGAAGCAGUUAAAAAGGCAUGGGAAGCUUUCAAUGAUCUGUAUACUGCUAAUCUCAAAAAACUUGCCAAUGAUCUUAAAGAUGCUAUCGGUACUACCGGCCAACCUAGUAAGCUCCAACAAACUCUAUCAGAACUUGGUAAUGAUACUGGUGAUGAUCCAAGUACUAAGGCCAAUGCUGUUAAAACAGCAUACGAAGGCAGUACCGAUAAUGGUGUCAAACCUAAAUUUGACGCACUCAAGGCGAAAGAAUUUGCCUAUCAAGCUAUUGCCGCUAUUAAAUCACUUUACGAAAAUGUUGUUAAGGCAAUGACCGCAUUUGAUAAUGUUUAUAAACCUGAAGAACUACUCAAGGAUGCUGUCGGUAAUUCUGAUCAGGCUCCUAUUCCUCCUGGUAGUGAUCCUAAGACUCUUCGUGAGGCUCUCCAUGAACUUGGUAGUGCAGGAACUAGUGAUCCUACUCUACAUGCUAAGGCCAAAGCUGUCAAGGAUAAAUAUUCUGAAGGUUGGUCUGACACUAUAAAACAGAAAUUCCACUUAGUACAGGCUCAAGCUAAUGCAUACGAACAGGGUAAUACUAUCAAAACUGAGAAAUACAAGAACCUUCUUGAUGCCUGGACCGCUUUCAAUGAUAAGUACUAUAAGGUUAUAUCUUCUCCCAAAUACAAUACCAUUAUCAUUCCAUCGAUCAUUACUCAGUGGUUAAAUUUCCUUACAUAUGUAAUUCUAUUGAUUGUAUAUGUUGUGGGUGGCGACCAAGGUCAUCUAACUGUGUUCUAUUUUGUAAUCGCAAUUUCUGGAGUUGUGUUUGGAAUUAACAUGACUCUAGUGUAUUCAGUGGACUUUAAUUAUAUACCUGUUUAUAUUGUUGGUGAGAACUGUUUUCCAAUCGUUACAUCAUUCAUACACUACAUUACAACACUGAUGUUUGGUAAUAGGAGGAAAUGGAACAGCGACUUCAUUGUAGUCUAUGUGGACAUAGUGGUUGCAAUCAUAAUCUCACUGGUGGCAGCUGUGGUGUGGACAUAUUCCUACGUAUGUAAAAUCAAAUAUGGUUCAGCCACUGAUAAGGAUGCUUCUGGUUGGCACCACAUAUUUUCACAUGGAUUCUCUGGAGAAUUUAACCCUGAAGUUAUAUCUCCUUUUCUGAUGAUAGUUGUCGGUAUGGGACUAGUGUAUGCUAUUUAUCCCGGUAUAGCACCUGGUAUGAUUGUACCAUUCUAUUUGAUUGAUAAGAUUGAAAUGGUACUUCUAAUAGCUACAUUCUUUCCACCAGUAAUCGUAGCUGCACUAAGAAGAUCUUUUGCUUAUGGUGAUCCUAGGUCUCCAAUGUGCAAAUGGGAUAGUGCAGGAUUCUUGGGCUUUAUGGGUUCUGGUUUACAUUGGCAUGCUUUUGAUCUUCUUAUGGUUAUCAAGAUCUCUCUGGCUGUAAUCUUUAUAUACUCACUUCACUAUAGAGAAUCUAAUAUAUCCAGGUCUAUUAUUAAUCAACCUAAAAUGUCAACAUUUCUAUCAAUUACAUUUUAUAUGUGUCAUGAAUGUUUGUUGGCAUUGGGAUUUCCAGGUCUUGUAGGAGCUAAUGGUGGAGGUGACUACGUAUUGAUACCCCAAUACAUUGGUGCCCUAUUUAUGAUCUUCUUAGCCUUUUAUUCUGAGGGAUACAUUAUUGAGUAUAAAAGUCACGACCCCCAACAUUGGCCCACAGAAGGUAUGACGAAAUGGAACGCGUUCUGCUAUUGGUAUUAUUUGGUGAUCAUCUCAUCGUAUGGUUACGUCUUUCAUCACGGUUUUUAUUAUGAUAAAGUUUAA